CAUCCAAGAUGGCGUCCACAUUCAAUCAACUUUCUGCACUUUCCGAGCUUUUAAAGCCUAAAGACGGAGUCGAAGACAACAGCGACGAUGAUCUCGACAAACUAUCAAAGAAACCAAGUUUGAACCCUGGGAACAUUGGGCCAGAAAAGCAAACGAAAUCUGAUCAGGUGAAUAAAUCUAAGAAUAUAUGGGACAUUGAUGAGGUAGCUGAUUCAGCUCAUGAUGCAGAUGCCUAUGACACAAGGCUUGAACCACAGUAUGAAAUAUUGUUUAAGCAAGCUGUGACAUCAGAAGACAUGUAUUUACAAAUGAGUAAUAGAAAUCCAUCCACAGCUUCUUGUGAAGAUAUUGUUAUAAAAAUUCAGCUUCCAAAUACUAAUUACACAGAUGUUGAACUUGAUGUUACUGACAAGUUUUUAGAUUGCCGCACUCCAAAAUUCAAACUUGGCUUACAUCUUCCUCAUUCAGUAGAUAGCGCAAAUGGUAAGGCACAAUGGGACAAAGAGAAACAAUUCUUAACAGUGACUCUUAGGUUGAUUAGAGAACUAGAUUUUCUGUAUAGCUGAAUAUAUCGACAAUUCCUUAUAAUUUUUUUUCAUGUACAGUACAUAGCUUUUUUAUAGACUCUGUAUUAUUCUAUCAAUAAUGAUAAUUACAUUACAAUAAUCUAAAUUUCUAGAAUGACUGUACUAGUAAUUUGUCUAAGGUUUCUUCUAUGUUGUUUGUUUUAGGGUUCAUGUUUUUUUUUCACACUCUAUAUUCAUGUUAUUCCAUUUCUUUUUGUUCUGUUUCAUUCAACCACAUUACGUGCUUCUUUCACCUUUUUACUCAAUUCUAUUUUAUUCAAUUCCAUUCUAUUCUA